AUGUCACCAGCUUCGGCUUCGAACACAUCCUGCUUUGAUGAAGUCUUGCGAGGAGGAUAUGGAAAGAUAUUUGAGUGGCAUACAGUCUUCCUCACUGGAGGGACUGGAUGCUUGGGGGGCUGUCUCCUCUAUAAGCUCGCUCUACAGCUACCGACAAGCAAAAUAUAUGUCUUGAUUCGCGGUGACUCUCAGCGGGCUAUUAAAAAACUGGAACAGACGAUGCCAAAUCAUGUGCAGGCCAUAUUGUCUACUGGUAAAGUGAAAUUUGUGGUUGGGGACAUCAGGUCGGUCAAUUUUGGGAUCGAGUCGUCAAUCCUCCGACAACUACAAGACCAAGUGACGCUGGCCAUCCACACUGCUGCGAAGAUCAAGCUCGAAGGUCCCAUCCGCGAUGCAGUUGAGAUCAAUUGUCUUCCUGCAUUGGAGAUGGCACGGGUUGCCUCACAAUUCCGAAGACUCAAACUCCUCGUCCAACUUUCGACAUCAUACGUCAACAGUCAUCUUCCUGAUGGCCCAGUCCUAGAACGGAUAUAUCAACUGGGAGGCGAAGAAGACCCAGAAGAAGAACUGGCAUCCAUGCUGACACUGGACAAGUCGGCACACGGAGCUAAAUUCUCAUCCAGUUAUACUCAAGCCAAGCACUUGAUGGAACGUCUCCUACUUAAUCGCUUCCCACUUCUUCCAAUCUUACUGGUUCGACCAACGAUCUUCGGGCCUGCAAUUAGACAUCCGUACCCAUUGUACGGAUCAGAAGACUCCACGCCCCUCACGAAGUUCACUCGACUCUGGUUCUCAGACCGAGGCACGACACAAGUCUGGCAUGCCACCGAAGGCCACAAAACUGGCACAAACAUUCUAGACGAGAUCCCAGUGGACUUCGUAGCAAACGCCUGUCUCCUCCAUGCAGCAGCGCGCACGACAGGAAUCGUCCAGAUAGGAUCCCAGCUCUACCACCCAAUAACCUUCGACGAAGUCUUCCGACUAGGUCUCGACAACGCCAAACCGGAAGCCCGCCGAGACUUCCCAAAGAUCAUUUUCACGAAUGAUCGCAGCGAGCCACAGUGUUUCCUUGCCGAGUUGAUUCAGGUUGGAACUCGGAACUGGCUAUUUGAUUGUGGGCGGUCUUACUGGCUCAAGCAGGUUGGUGGACCGUUAAGUAUACAGGUUUGCAAGCACGAGGCGGAUAGUUUGAAUUUGGUGCGCACGCAUGAUGUUCUUGGUACUGGGAAGGAGAAGGCUCGUAUUUGA